UCACCCUCAGUAACCACAUGCACGCAUCACUACAUGUCCCCAUGCUCAGCCAAUCACGUACGCACAUCACUACGUGUUCUCAUGCUCAACCAAUCACGUGCGCACAUCACUACAUGUUCUCAUACUCAACCAGUCACGUGCACACAUCACUAAAGGAGGGCCUUUUUGAAACCAACAGUCGGACCUCUCCAGUGCUGCUCAUUGCCUGCGCUGCUCUCUGCAUGCUCCGCUUGCUGCUCACAGAAUUGCUGCUCACAGAAUUACUGCUCUAACAGUCACUGCCGAGAGAAUUGCUGCUCAGUGUUGUCCAGGUGUAGGCUGCUGUGAAGUAAAUCACCACCAGUAUUUUUUAUUGGAUGGCCAAAUGUUUGUAGUAUUUGGAUCACUUUUACUUUGAGGUCAUUUUGACCGGGUUUCAAAAGUGCUAUGGUAGCACAGCCAUGUGUGUAUUAUCAGACAUUAGGCUCACUAACAGUGUGCAAGAACUGAUGUGUGGUAGCCACACCCCCUUGCCCCUCACCCCCUUCAGAAUUCAGGAAUGACAGUAUAGUCCUCAAUUUCGUGUGAGUUCCAGUGAAUAUCUUAUGACUGUGUCACUAUUGUUUUCAGUUGCUGGGUAACCCGAUACCAGACCCCUUACCUUUGCCCUACCCCUCAAUCAAAAAUCAUAGCUCCAAUGAAUGUCUUGUGGUUGUCUCACCAUUCUGUGUUAAGAACAACAGUGUCACCAGUGCAGAAAAUUCAGCAUCAGGCCAGAUACUGCCCAGUGAACACAAUAUGAGGAUACUGCAGUAUGGGAUAUACAAGCAAUAGCUACGAAUGUGAUGUCUGUCUACAGGUCACAAAAACUGCUUCCUUCUGUAUCACACUGAAAAGAGAGACAUGGAGUCGUAUGAAGACAGACAACAUGAUUAUUUGAGUUAAAGAAUAAAAUAAGAAUAUAAAUUCUGUCUGGGUCUCACAGCGUUAAAAUAUAAAUUAAUAAAUGUAAUUUCAUCUAUGUCAGUCUAGUAUCUGAGGGUGUGGGUCCCAACUAAUUUAAUUCGGUUAUUUUAUUAUUAUUAAUUUUUUAGUGCGACUAAACUGCUCUGAAUCAGUGAUGGACGGGGCAUUUUCUAUAUCGCGACUCUCAUUGUUACAGUACCAACCAGCAGGGGGUGCUGCAACACGCUCAGCAUCCCUACUUCCCGUGCCUACGCUGCAGUAUUCUGACCUAACAGAUCCCAGUAUAGGCAGGGUCAGCCUCAUUCUCAUGUGAUGCAGGCCAGCAGAGUUCAGAUGGCUUCUAAGACGGUUCCGGAGGACGGGUUUACGAAUGGAGCGCUGAUCACGGAAUUGGAAGCUGUGGCCAAAGACGCUGCCCUUCUGCAUGGAAUUUUAAUGAGGACAAAGGAGUCGCCAAAUUCGCCGGAGGUGGCGAGCUACUUCCCCUUCACCCUCUUCCCUUCCCCGGUGCCCAAAGUGUGCUUCGACCAGGCGGUCGCCGUGCAGAUGCAUUUCAACCGGCUGGUGGACAAGGUCAGCCAGGACUCCAGAUUCCUGCAGGAGGCCCUGGCCAGCACUAUCAAAGUGGAUGAUUUCAUUGCAAGAUUGUUCGACAUAUACACGCACGUUCUUCAGGAGGGCUGCUCUCAGCCAGUCGCCGUGGGCCUGAAUCGCUCAGACUACAUGCUGGACCAGGGGCCCGACGGGAACGCCGCCCUGAAGCAGAUCGAGAUCAACACCAUCGCAGUCGGCUGCGGCGGGGUGUCCUCGCGGCUUCCGGCCCUCCACAGGCACAUUCUGAGGGUCGCUGGCCGAGCGGAAGAGCAGAAAAUGAUCCAGGACAAUAACCCGGUGGCAGGGAUCGCCAAGGCCCUGGCCAUGGCCUGGAAGCUGUAUGACCGUGAGAGGGCCGUGGUCAUGUUUCUGGUGGCGGAUUCUGAUUUAAAUAUCUACGACCAUCGAUGUGUUGAGAAUGAGCUGUGGAACAGGGGUAUUCCAGUCAUACGAAGGAGGUUCGUGGAUGUAUGUAAGACAGGGUCUCUGGACCAGGACAAGAGGCUGUUUAUAGAUGGCCAAGAGGUUGCAAUAGUGUACUUCCGCAGUGGGUUCAUGCCACAGAACUACACGGAACAGGGCUGGGGGGCCCGGCUCAUGGUGGAGCGCUCUCUGGCGCUCAAGUGCCCCGACAUCGCCACCCACUUGGCCGGAACCAAAAAGGUCCAGCAGGAGCUGGCCCAACCCGGGGUCCUGGAGAAGUUCUUUCCAGAUGUCCCGGAGGCUGUGGCUCUGAUCCGAGCAACGUUUACUGGACUUCACACUCUGGACAUGGGAGAGGAGGGAGACAAGUCUGUGGCCAUGGCCUUGGCAAACCCGGACCAGUACGUCCUGAAACCCCAGAGGGAAGGAGGGGGUAACAACGUCUACGGCGCCGACAUCCGCCGGGCGCUGUCGGGAGCCGCGGGCGGCGCGGAAAGGACGGCCUACAUCCUGAUGGACAGGGUCCGGCCCCGCCCCUUCUGCAACUACCUGCUGAGGGGCGGCUGCCCCCUCGGACCCAGCGCGUGCGUGAGCGAGCUGGGCGUCUUCGGGGCUUACGUGAGACAGGGGAAAGAUAUGCUGCUCAAUGAGUGUGUGGGACAUCUUCUCAGAACCAAGAGUGCAGAAUGUUCCGAAGGAAGUGUGUUCGUAGGGGCGGCCCUGGACACCCCGCUUCUCGUCUGACCCUGACCCGCCUCCUGGAGGAUCGGCCGCCUGUUGGAACAGCGUACCAGAAAUACCUCGAAGAGCCUUUCCGCCUAAUGUGCUGCUCUAUGCUACAAAUAAUAAAUAAA